UGAAAUUAUCCAAAAAAGGCGCAGAUCUUUUUUUCCCCUUUUCAAUACAAUAGGAGGGGCCUGUGGGUAGUCAGCAAACUAUGGAGAUUUCCUCUAUGUUUCAUUCUAUAAUGGCUCUUUCAUCACCUUUGUUCUCUUCUUCUUCUUCUACUUCUUCUUUUCCAACUUCCAGUAGAAAGAGACCCAACAUUCACAAGUUCAAGUUACAGUCUUCGACCUCUGCGGCAACGUAGAUAACAACCGAUUCUAUUCCCCGGACUGAGGCAGGCGAAUUUCAGAACGCACUCACAGAUUAUGUCUCUCCUAAUUCUUCAAAUCAGUUUCCUGUUUUCUUUACUGAUAGACAGUCGGCAAUUCUUCAGAUUCAGGAGUCGUCUGACUUGGGUUCUGCUCUUCCAAGGCUUGGUGAGACGCUUAAAGUACAGGAUAUGAAUGUGAUUUUGCGAUAUUUUGGGAAGCUAAGUAGACGACAGGAGCUUUCUCAGGUGUUUGAUUGGAUGCAGCAAAAUCAGAAGAUCAAUGUUGCAUCUUACAGCAGUUAUGUAAAGCUAAUGGGAAAUAGCCUCAGUUCUGUUGAGGCUUUAGAAAUGUACAAAAGCAUCAAAGAUCGGUCAACAAAGAUUAAUGUCUCAGUCUGUAAUGCGCUUCUUAGUUGUCUAGUUAAGAACGGAAAAUCUGAGAGCAGUCUCAAACUGUUUACUCAAAUGAAGCGAGAUGGUUUAGUACCAGAUGUUGUCACAUAUAGCACGCUUCUUGCAGGCUGUGCCAAAGUAAAAGAUGGAUACUGUAAAGCACUAGAGCUGGUUCAGGAGCUGAUGUCUAAUGGACUGCUAAUGGAUAGUGUGACUUAUGGGUCGCUUCUUUCGGUAUGUGCUUCACAUAAAGAGUGCAAUGAAGCUGAAAAGUACUUUCAGAAGAUGAAAGCUGAAGGCCAGUCUCCUAAUGUCUACCACUGUAGCUCUUUGCUUAAUGCUUAUUCGGUUGAUGGAAAUUACGAGAAGGCUGAAGCAUUGAUUGAAGAAAUGAGAUCUGCAGGUUUAGUAUUAAAUAAGGUAGUCUACACAACUUUGUUGAAGGUAUACGUGAAAGGAGGUUUGUUUGAGAAGUCAAAGGAACUAUUAAAGGAGUUAGAAGCUUUUGGCUAUGCUAAGGAUGAGAUGCCAUUUUGUCUCCUAAUGGAUGGCCUUGUAAAGUCUGGACAUCUUCUUGAAGCAAAAUCAGUAUUUGAUGAGAUGAUGGGAAAACAUGUGAAAACUGAUGGAUACUCCUAUAGCAUUAUGAUUUCAGCAUUCUGCCGCAGUGGGCUUCUCGAAGAUGCAAAGAAAUUAGCUUCUGAAUUUGAAGAAAAAUAUGACAAAUAUGAUGUAGUUAUUUUGAAUGCAAUGCUCUCUGCCUAUUGCAGAGCAGGGGAAAUAGAGAAUAUAAUGAGCAUGAUGAAGAAGAUGGAUGACUCUGCAAUUAGUCCUGAUUGGAAUACCUUUAAUAUUCUUAUAAGAUAUUUCUGCAAGGAGAAGCUAUAUUUGCUUGCUUAUCGUACCAUGGAGGACAUGCAUAGAAAAGGUCACCAGCCAGAGGAGGGACUUUGUUCCUCUUUAAUUUAUCAUCUUGGUAAGACAGAUGCACAUUCAGAAGCAUUUUCUGUAUAUAACAUGCUGAGAUAUAGCAAAAGAACCAUAUCCAAAUCCCUUCAUGAGAAGAUUUUGCACAUUCUGAUUGCUGGGCGCCUUCUCAAAGAUGCUUAUGUAGUUGUCAAGGACAAUGCAGGAUUCAUCUCCCGGCCGGCUAUCAAAAGGUUUGCUGUCAACUUCAUGAGAUCUGGCAAUGUAAACUUAAUCAAUGAUGUGAUGAAGGCCAUGCACAGCUCUGGCCACAAGAUUGAUCAGGAAUUAUUUAAUAUGGCUAUAUCACGCUACGUUCCAAAACCAGAAAAGAAGGAACUACUUCUGCAGUUACUGGAGUGGAUGUCUGGUCAAGGCUAUGUUAUUGAUUCAUCAACAAGAAAUUUGAUUCUGAAGAACUCUCACUUGUUUGGCCAUCAACUUAUUGCUGAGUCAUUGUCCAAGCAGCUUGUGGUGUCAAAAAAGAAGCAGCUUCCAUUGUCUCAGCUUCAGGACAUCUAUGGCAAUGUGAUAUGAGACAGCUCGAUCAAGUUGCAAACAAAGAGAUCAAUUACAAGAACUAGAGUUAAGAAGACCAAAGAAGCCAUGAAUGGAGGAGACAUGAAGCUCCUUGGACCAAUGAAGGAGCGUGAAAGAAGAUUCAAGAUUGUUUUGCUUUGGGCUUGCGAGCAAGAAAAGCCCGACAUUUGCUGACUUGAGAUGAAUUGGCCAUGUUCUUUUAAUUGAACUUUUAGGAACUUAUCAUAAUAAGUGACACAUGAUUAACACAUUUUAAGGCUUAUUUAGCUUAUUUUUAUAUGCUUUAUUAGCAUGAAAUUACACAGAUUGUCCUCAUGAGGGACUGAUAUUCA